GAAGGCGCUUCCCGCGUUUCUGAGGGAGAGACUCAGGCCUUGUGGCUGAAGCCUCGUCGGGAUGCUCCAACUCUUCUCCAAGGGCCUCGCUUUCUUCUGGCGAAGGGCCGAAGAGGAGGAGAAGGAAAAGGAGGCUGGCGAAAGGAGAGAUGUCAAAAGGGCAAAAACUGUACAAGGCGUAGUGACAAGAUUUUGCCUGGACUAUGGGAUGAUAGACGAUUCUAUUGUUUUCACCAAUGAUGCUGUGAUUAGCAAUGCGCCAUUGCACGUUGGACAGAGGGUUGUAGCUCUUGUUGAAGAAGAUAAAAUAUCUACUGGAUUAAAGGCAAUCAGGGUAGAAAUCAUACCUGAUACAUGGGAAGAUAACAGCACAUGUCCCAGUGAGAUUGACUCUGAUAUUAAGACACUAAUUGGAAAUAUUACAUACCUAACUCAAGCUGGUGGAUACAUAAACCAAACAACCUCUUUCUCCUUCGAUGUAGUUUCUAAAGCCUUUAAACCUUGUAAAGGAGAUUGGGUAGUAGCAGAAUAUGUUAUUGACCCAACAACAUGGACCACUAAAGCAAUUUGUGUGGAACCCUUGAGAUAUAAAAGAAUUGAUAAGGUCCGUGUAUCCAGUCUGUGUGGAAGGACUGGUGUUGUAGAUGACAGUGUGUUUUUCACUCUGGAUUCCCUGAGACUCGCUGAUGGUUACGUGCCUCAAAGAUAUGACUUGGUCAAUGUGGUUGCUGUGGAAAGUAACCAGUCAUGCUACAUAUGGAGAGCACUUUGCAUGGCUCCUGCAGAUAAAAAUGGGUCUUCUAUAACCCAAGGAACCAUCUGCAGUGAGUCAUGGGAACACUUACUGAAAGACAAAGAAGGACUUGAAGUAUCCAAAAUAACAAACAUUGGCAAGCUCAAGUUAGGAGUAACUAAAAGCAUGGAGGUCUGGAUUGAGAACAAAGGGAAUACAACACAUCAUUUAAUUAGCUGCAAAUUAGGUGGCUGGGAUAAAGAGAGACAAUUUUAUCUGGAAGUGCCAGGAGUUGAAUCUACAGACAUUAAUAAUGUUGGAGGCUGUGACAGUUCUUUUGUCAGUCAAACAGAAAAACUGAGCUGUGAAAAAGUACAAAAUGAAGAUAUGGAAGAAAAUACGGAUGAAGCCAAGGGGGACAUCUUUUUGCCUUCUGGGGGAAAGAUUUCUAUUACGGUUUCAUGCACUGCAAAAAAUCUUGGCCACUGUACGGAACUUUUGUUGCUCUGCUUUUCGGAUUGUGUUAUUGGUCGGCACAUUCAAGCCACAGUGGUAGCAGAGGAAGAAUCACGGAUAGCAGCCACUGAGCCCUUUUCCCAAAGGAAAUGCCAAGUAAUCCCUGAGCACGAUAAAAAGGCACUAGUGGUUUUACCAACGCACAAAAGACAAUCAAGGAGACAGCUUCCAAAUUUCAUUGGACAGUACCCCCUUCAAGAUUCAUUACGGAGAUGUGUGGAAAAUAACCUGGACAUACUUACUUUUAAUCCACAUCUCGGAGAGGGCCUAACUCUAGCUAAUUAUAAAGCUUUUUUUUCUACUUUGCUCUGGCUUGAAGAAAUUUCCGAAGAGAAGGAACUGAAGGAGUUAUCCCUGCAUGGGGUCAUCUUGAAAAAAAAUGGAAACUUUCUGGUACUUGAAGUUCCAGGCGUUGUAGAGGGGCGCCCUUAUCUUUAUCCAGGUGACAAAGUGAUAUUGAAAACCCAAGAUUACACAGAGCAGAGAAUCCACUAUGUUGCAUUUAUUACUGAGAUUGAUAAAGAAGAUGUUACCCUGAAACUUGAUCCAGCUUUUGAACAAGCCUAUAAUGGUGAACCAAUGGAUGUGGAAUUUCCUCUUGGCAGGACUACAACCCGGAGAUGUCAUUUUGCAGUUGAACAAGCCGUCCAUUUGGGAGAAAAAGUUUUAUUUCCUGAGAGACUUACUGUACAGUCUCCACAAGUUGUCAAGCAGUGGAAUGAUUCAGAAAUGCCUUGCAACAUUCAAGAAGAAAGCACUACAAACAAAACCAAGAAAAACAGGGCACAAAAUAAUAAAAAGAAAAAGAUGACAAAAGAUAAAAAGACAAUUACGUUUUCUGAUAUGAUGACUAUUGCCACACAAACAGAAAAUAGAACUACAGCAUCAGAUAGAAAGGACUGUGGCUUUUUCAAUCCAAUGCUGAAUGAACAUCAGAAACUAGCAGUGAAAAGGAUACUCAGUGGAGAAUGUCGCCCAACUCCUUAUAUUAUCUUUGGACCACCAGGAACUGGCAAAACUGUCACAGUCAUCGAAGCAAUUUUGCAGAUCCAUUACACUUUACCAGACAGCCGAAUACUGGUUUGUGCACCAUCCAACAGUGCAUCAGACCUUCUUUGUUCACGACUUCAUGACAGCAAUAUGUUAAAGCCAGGAGUAAUGGUGAGGGUUAAUGCUUCAAGCAGAAAUGAAGAGAAUCUUAGUGAUGUAAUAAAACUUUACUGCAAAGAUGGAGAAGACAUUUGGCAGGCAUCUCGAUUCAGAAUAAUUAUCGUGACAUGCACCAGUGCAGGGAUGUUCUACCAAAUAGGAGUAAGGUUUGGACAUUUCACACAUGUAUUUGUGGAUGAAGCAGGGCAGGCCAGUGAGCCAGAAUGCCUGAUUCCUCUGGGUCUGGUCUCAGAAGUCACUGGGCAGAUAGUGCUUUCGGGUGAUCCAAUGCAGCUUGGCCCUGUGAUGAAAUCCAGACUUGCAAUUGCCUAUGGAUUACACAUUUCCUUAUUGGAGAGACUCAUGAGUCGGCCUCUGUAUAUGAGAGAUGAGAAGGCUUUUGGGGCUUGUGGGUCAUACAAUCCUCUCUUGAUAACAAAACUCAUUAAGAAUUACAGAUCGCAUGCUGCACUGCUCAAAGUGCCAUCUAGACUUUUCUAUCAUAACGAACUAGAGGUCUGUGCUGACCCUUCUAUAGUAAAUUCUUUGUUGGGAUGGGAGAAGUUGCCAAUGAAACACUUUCCAUUGAUUUUCCAUGGAGUACGGGGCACUGAAAUGCGUGAAGGCCACAAUCCUUCUUGGUUUAAUCCUACAGAAGCGGUCCAAGUGAUGUUGUACUGUUGCCUUCUUACUAAAAAUAUCACCAAGACAGUAUCAGAGGUGGAUAUUGGUGUGAUCACACCAUAUCAGAAACAGGCUGAAAAAAUCAGAAUUCUCUUACGUAGUAUGAAUCUAAUGGACAUCAAAGUUGGCUCAGUAGAAGAGUUUCAAGGGCAAGAAUACCUGGUGAUCAUCCUAUCAGCAGUUCGGUCAAAUGAAACUUCAGGCAGUGAUGAAAAAGUCUAUUUAGGCUUCCUUGCAAAUUCAAAACGCUUCAAUGUAGCAAUAACCAGACCCAAAGCAUUGCUUAUUAUAGUGGGAAAUCCUCAUGUGCUUGCCAAAAAUCCCUCCUUUUGUGCCCUUUUGGAUUACAGCUUGGAAAACGGAGUUUACGUUGGCUGUGACUUACCACAAGAACUGGAAAAUCAAAGACUAAAUGACGAAUUAAAAAGGACUGCUGUACAACCUGAUAAAUCUUCAUGAUUUGCCAUUGCCAACGGUUUGGUAUGGAAUAUAAAGCAGGUGAAGAAUUAUUGCAGUUGUUUACAGUAGUAUUAUUUAAAAGGACGCCUGUUAAAUUAUGUUUUCAUACUUGCUAUAUUUUGAUGUUGUAAAAUCAUAAAUGAGUAAAGUUUUCUGUGUGUUGUGA